AGAUAGGCUCGAGCAAAGCGAAGAAGGAGAGAGCAGGAUUUUGUAUAUCUUCACCACUCCUUGUUUAUCAAAAAAAGAUCCAGUUAUGGCCUUAUUUGCAGUGUAUAUGGACAUAGUGUUAACUGGAAAUUACAUUCCUAGUCUAAAAGAAUUGUUUGCGAAGUGCGAAGAGAAAAUCUGCUUUUUUUUCUAUGAAAGGACCUAGGAGACCCAGCUCCAAUGCCUGCCUAAAGAGGGGCGGGCUAGCAUGCCCCUCAUCAGGCCGAUCCCUAGCAACUUCAGCGGUUGCAAGAGCAAAUGGCCGAAUUGCUAAGAUGCAAGAAAGCAUCCACAGGAUUCAAUUCUUUCUGCUUGAACUCCUUCAGGGGAUGGCCUCAUGCCCAUUUGAGAAAGAGUCUGUCGCUGCAAGAUAGACGUAGCCUUGAGAUGAUGGGGUUGCCCGAUGACGUCCAUGCCCAUCAUCGACGAAAGGCAAGGAAAUCAUAGUAGGAUGUAGAGGUUCCGGCGGUUGUAUGAUAAAGUCCGCGUGUAUUCACGUGACAUCUUUUGUUUUGGAAAACUGGAUAGCAUCCUUUAUCAUAGAAGGCCAGUACCCAAGUGUCUCAAUUGAUGGUACAACUGAGGUCCUGACUGAUGUGCACCACAAACACCGGAGUGUGCUUCUUAGAAAGCCAGUUUGGAUUCUUCUUCGGAGAGACACCUUAAUACUUAAUAGGAUCCCAUCGAAGGAUCGCCGAUAGAAAGAUUGACAUAUACGUAUGACGGAGCCCGCCUUUUUUUUUCUCAUUAGUUUGAGGCGUUGAUCCUGGGGCACUUCCCCAGGUUCAAAACUCAACCCGAACUUCACUUCUUAUUAUUAACUCAUUCUUUGGAGACAUCGCGAGUGUCGUCUCUGCCCCGAACAAGAAAACAUCCACAUGCUCAAUAAUGAAGAUCUUCACAAGCUUACUUGAAUCUCUACUGAGAAUCCCAUCAACCCAAGUCCGGUCUUUUUUUUUAGGUUUUCGUUGGUACCUAUGACUCGUGUGCUUGUGCCUCGAGUUGCUAUGUAGCACGUGAUGCGGUUUCUAUUUCCUUAAUACUAAAUGCCUAUCUUUCUAAGAUGACAUGGAUGAGAUGCAUCGAAUACAGAAGAAAAGCUGUUCGAGAAUCCCCUGCUUGAGAGGAGACAGGCUCGACUGUAGAGGAUAUAGAGAUAGAAAAAAGCUAGACUGCAACCCGUCUUUUUGAUGAAAAAGCAUUUUUCCGGAUCCGAGAAAAACAAAACUUUCAUGCCACCCAUGGGAAAAAGUCAUAAACCGUCUUUCCCUUAGUGAAGUCACAUUUCAAUCUGGAAAUUGUCAAUCAACAUGGGGUCAAAGUCAUAAAACGUCUUUCCCUUAGUGAAGUCACAUUUCAAUCUGAAACUUUUUCAUCCACCCAUGGUCUUUUUGUAUAAAACGCAUUUCUCUACUUCAAUUCCAUGAUUGUAUAAUUUCCCGGAUUGGAGAUCUUUCUUUCCGGAUCUAAUAGGCUCGACUAAAAGGAGAGGUGCGGAGCAAAGAGAUGAGUGUAAUACCGCUUGUUCGCACUGAACGAAGAUAAAACUUUACUUAACGUGACGUUAGUUUUGGUUCGAUCCACUAUCAUUUUGUAAGCGGAUAGUUCACAGUGCUCAUUAGAAAAAAAAACCGGAAAAGCCAACUCAUCAUGAUGUUUCCACUCCAUUUUCAUUACGAAGAUGUAUCACGUCAGGAUCCGUUGCUCAAACCGAAUCACGCCAACGUUAUGGAAGUUCCUGGAUCGUGUGAAAUCAGAUUAGUACCAAACUCUGAUUUCAGAAUCCUAUUUGGAAAAUUGGCUAUGGAGAUGACGCGCGGUCAGAGAUUCUUUCAGACAAAAAGGGGGCCUUCUUUCCAAGCAGGAAAGUCGUUUCGAUCCAAUCCGUCCGAAAAAGACACUGGAUAUGUCAGUGACUUUGCACGAAAAAGCGCUCUCCGAGGGCAUGGAAUGUAUCAUUUUUUGGUAAGAAUCUCGACAGUAAUGUCUCUUUUCUAUUCUCCGGUCGAAAUAAGGGAAAACCCCAUUUUUGUUUCGAUGGAAACGGAGUUUUGCGAAUUCUCCCCGGAACUGGAAGAUCAUUUCGAGAUCUUCGAGCAUCUUCGAGGGUUCAAUGUGACUAUUGUAACUUCGGCCAACACAAAAGAUGAGACUUUACCACCGUGGAGCGGCUUUUUGCUAAAAGAUGAGGGGGAAACUCAGUAAGAUGUCGGAUAAGCGAAAUCUAAGAGAUCACAAACGUAGAUUGCUCGCGGCUAAAUAUGAAUUGAGACGAAAGCUUUCUAAAGCCUUUUGUCAAGAUCCCGAUCUUCCGUAUGAUAUGCGGGACAAACAUCGUUCUAAGUUGUCCAAGUUGC